AUGGCUGCAGCAAGUGCGAAAGGAGAAAAAUUGCCUAUGUUCGUGAUCGGAAAGUCGAAAAGCCCACGAUGUUUUAAGAAUAUCAAGCAUCUUACUACCCAGUAUACAUUGCAAAAAAAGAGCUGGAUGAGCAGCGAAAUCUUCGAAGAGUGGGUAUGUAAAGUCGACCGAAAAUUCCGGGUAGAUGGUCGAAAAAUUGCUCUCAUUAUCGACAACUGCCCUACUCAUCCAACGUUGUCCAAUUUGACCAACGUGCAGCUUGUCUUUCUGCCACGAAAUACGACGUCUAUCUUGCAACCAAUGGACCAAGGUGUUAUUCGCAGCCUCAAAGCGAAGGCUGGUAUCAACCCUGAUGGCCAACAGGCUGCCAUUGAUUAUUCUGAUGACCCGUUUAAAGAUCUUCAAGAAAGCUUGAAUAACUUGAGGAAAGCAGAUUCAUCAAUGGUGCCGAAUGAUGUCACCGCCACUGCUUUAGUGAGCUUGGACGACGACGUCAUUGCAACAGUCCCUGAGAUGAAUGAAGAUGAUAUCGUGAGCAGGCUGAAGAACCAAGAAAACGAAGAAGAAGAGAGUGGUGAUGAAGAGAUCCAAGGUGGAGAGAUGUUUGACCUUGUGGCGGAAAAGCCUUCAAGAUCUGCGAUUGAAUGA